GUGAACUUCUGGUUAAAGAUUCAUUCAGAGUUGAGACUUUCUGUCAAUCAGCUGACUCCUGAAAUCUUCCUGCUGUGUUUCUCUGCUAUGGAUCAGUGUGAGGACAGAGAGGAGGGAGUCCCUCCCUCUAAAAGCUCUCUGUGUGGGGAACAUGACAGCCAGACCAAAGCUCAGAGAACAAAGAAGCAGCACAGACCAGACUCUGCUGGACCUGAACCUGGACCUGAACCAGAACCAGAACCAGAACCUGGACCUGAACCCAGCUGUGUUUCCAUGAAGAGUGACCGGUCCAUUGAGGAACCUUUACAUUUCAAACGUGGACAACCAGCUGAUGGAAGGAUCCAUCAGAGACCAGAAUCUCCUGGACCUGAACCCAGCUGUGUGUCCUUUAAGAGUGACCGGUCAAAUGAACGAUUCAUUGGUUUUAAAGAAGGACGUCCAUCAGCUGAUCAGAUAGUGGACCAGGAGAGCUCAGAGGUUCCCAGUGGUCAGUCUGCCCAGCAGCAUAAAACACACCUGGACUCCAUAUUUAUGCUGCUGGAGGAGAACAUCGUCACUUUUGUGAAGAACGAGCUGAAGAAGAUGCAGAAGGUUCUGAGUCCAGAUUACCCAGAAUGCUUAGAGAGUCAGAGGGAGGAUGAGGAGGUGUUGGACGGUGAGCAGGAAGAGCAGAUGAGGAGAAGCAGAGACGCAUUUCUGAAGAUCACACUGCACUUCCUGAGGAGAAUGAAGCAGGAGGAGCUGGCUGAGCGUCUGCAGAGCAGAACUCCUGCUGCAAAGUGUCGACGUAAACUCAAGUCUAACCUGCAGAAGAAGUUCCAGUGUCUGUUUGAGGGGAUCUCUAAAGCAGGAAACCCAACCCUUCUGAAUCAGAUCUACACACCGCUCUACAUCACAGAGGGAGGGACUGCAGAGGUCAAUGAUCAACAUGAUGUCAGACAGAUUGAAACAGCAUCCAGGAAACCAGACAGACCAGAAACAACAAUCAGACAAGAAGACAUCUUUAAAGCCUCACCUGGAAGAGAUGAACCAAUCAGAACAGUGAUGACAAAGGGAGUGGCUGGCAUUGGGAAAACAGUCUUAACACAGAAGUUCACUCUGGACUGGGCUGAAGACAAAGCCAACCAGGACAUACACUUCACAUUUCCAUUCACUUUCAGAGAGCUGAAUGUGCUGAAAGAGAAAAAGUACAGCUUGGUGGAACUUGUUCAUCACUUCUUUACUGAAACCAAAGAAGCAGGAAUCUGCAGGUUUGAAGAGUUCCAGGUUGUGUUCAUCUUUGACGGUCUGGAUGAGUGUCGACUUCCUCUGGACUUCCACAACACUGAGAUCCUGACUGAUGUAACAGAGUCCACCUCAGUGGAUGUGCUGCUGACAAACCUCAUCAGGGGGAAACUGCUCCCCUCUGCUCGCCUCUGGAUAACCACACGACCUGCAGCAGCCAAUCAGAUCCCUCCUGAGUGUGUCGGCAUGGUGACAGAGGUCAGAGGGUUCACUGACCCACAGAAGGAGGAGUACUUCAGGAAGAGAUUCAGAGAUGAGGAGCAGGCCAGCACCAUCAUCUCCCACAUCAAGACAUCACGAAGCCUCCACAUCAUGUGCCACAUCCCAGUCUUCUGCUGGAUCACUGCUACAGUUCUGGAGGAUGUGUUGAAAAGCAGAGAGGGAGGAGAGCUGCCCAAGACCCUGACUGAGAUGUACAUCCACUUCCUGGUGGUUCAGUCCAAACUAAAGAACAUCAAGUAUGAUGGAGGAGCUGAGACAGAUCCACACUGGAGUCCAGAGAGCAGGAAGAUGAUUGAGUCUCUGGGAAAACUGGCUUUUGAGCAGCUGCAGAAAGGCAACCUGAUCUUCUAUGAAUCAGACCUGACAGAGUGUGGCAUCGAUAUCAGAGCAGCCUCAGUGUGCUCAGGAGUCUUCACACAGGUCUUUAAAGAGGAGAGAGGGCUGUACCAGGACAAGGUGUUCUGCUUCGCCCAUCUGAGCCUUCAGGAGUUUCUGGCUGCUCUUCAUGUCCAUCUGACAUUCAUCAAGUCUGAAGUCAAUCUGCUGGCAGAACAAAAAACAACAUCACAGCGGUCUGAAGUGAUCAGAGGCAAAUCAACACAUUUCUACCAGAGUGCUGUGGACAAGGCCUUGAAGAGUCGAAAUGGACACCUGGACUUGUUCCUUCGCUUUCUCCUGGGUCUUUCACUGCAGACCAAUCAGACUCUCCUACGAGGUCUGCUGACACAGACAGGAAGUAGCUCAAAGACCAAACAGAAAACAGUCAAGUACAUCAAGAAGAAGAUCAGUGAGAAUCUGUCUGCAGAGAGAAGCAUCAAUCUGUUCCACUGUCUGAAUGAACUGAAUGAUCGUUCUCUAGUGGAGCAGAUCCAAUGGUACCUGAGAUCAGGAAGUCUCUCCACAGAUAAACUGUCUCCUGCUCAGUGGUCAGCUCUGAUCUUCAUCUUACUGUCAUCAGAAGAAGAUCUGGACUUGUUUGACCUGAAGAAAUACUCUGCUUCAGAGGAGGCUCUUCUGAGGCUGCUGCCAGUGGUCAAUGCCUCCAACAAAGCUCUACUGAAUGGCUGUAACCUCUCAGAGAGAAGCUGUGCAGCUCUGUCCUCAGUUCUCAGCUCCCAGUCCUCUAGUCUGAGAGAUCUGGACCUGAGUAACAACAACCUGCCGGAUUCAGGAGUGAAGCAGCUUUCUGCUGGACUGGAGAGUCCACACUGUACCCUGGAAACUCUCAGACUGACUGACUGUUACCUCUCAGAGAGAAGCUGUGCAGCUCUGUCCUCAGUUCUCAGCUCCCAGUCCUCUAGUCUGAGAGAUCUGGACCUGAGUAACAACAACCUGCAGGAUUCAGGAGUGAAGCAGCUUUCUGCUGGACUGGAGAGUCCACACUGUACACUGGAAACCCUCAGCCUGCAGCCUGCUGGAGUCCGAUGGUUGACACCAGGUCUGAGGAAGUAUGCCUGUGAACUGGAACUGGAUCCAAACACAAUGAACAGAAACCUCAAACUGUCUGACAUCAACAGGAAGGUGACACGUGUGGAGGAGGUUCAGUCAUAUCCUGAUCAUCCAGACAGAUUUGAUCACCGGCCUCAGCUGCUGUGUAGAAAUGUUCUGACUGGUCGAUGUUACUGGGAGGUUGAGUGGAGAGGAGGAGUUGAUAUAUCAGUGAGUUACAGAGGAAUCAGGAGGAAAGGAAACAGAGAUGACUGUUGGUUUGGAGGGAACGAUCAGUCCUGGUGUCUGUACUGCUCCUCUGAUGAUGGUCGUUACUCUGUCUUUCACAAUAACAGAAGCACAUCCAUCUCCUCCUCCUCCUCCUCUUCCUCCUCCUCCUCCUCCUCUUCCUCCUCCUCCUCCUCCUCCUCCUCCUCCUCCUCCUCCUCCUCCUCCUCCUCUGUCUCUAACAGAGUAGCAGUGUAUGUGGACUGUCCUGCUGGCACUCUGUCCUUCUACAGAGUCUCCUCUGACACACUGAUCCACCUCCACACCUUCAACACCACAUUCACUGAACCUCUGUAUGCUGGGUUUGGGUUCUGGUCUAUCAGUUCUGGUUCCUCAGUGUCUCUGUGUGGUCUGUAGGAGGGAGAGUCUCUCCUGUUAGAGAAACUUUCCUAGGGCGCACUCACACUAGGGCCAGUUGUUCCGUACCGUGCUGAAGCACGGAUGUCCCCCCUCCCCUGUCCCCCGCUGGCCUGCACUCACAUUACCUCAAACCCAAGUGUACUCAAGCACAGUUGCCUCCAACACAUUGCACAGAAACCUAUAGACAGUUUACUCUCAUAAAACAUGCACAGGUGUGUGUUGGCGUGCUGUGCGCCGGUAAAACACAACACAGCCGAUCAAUUAACACAACGAUGAUUAAAAAGUGCAGCUUGUUCUUCUGAGUCCUGCCUGUGUAGUAUGCAGUACUAGAUACUGGUGUAAAAAGACUCUAGUAAAAGCAGACGUCCUGAUUCAACUCUUUACUCCAGUAAAAGUAAGACUUAGUUUAAUGACUUAGAAGUCGCCAAAUGACUUUAACUAAAGUUAGUUUAUAUAAUGCAGAUUAGUAAAAUAUGACUUUUAUGAGUCACAGUCACAGAUAAUAAACUUAGCAUUUCAUAAUUGUAGCAGCGGUGCAGCAGAUGUAAUGAAGUCCACGCAGCACGCUGGAUGCUAACUAAUAUUAAGCCUUUAGCCUUUUCAUUAUAAUGUCCAUGGACAUAAACUGAGUUCUUUUGCCUUAAUAAUGAUAAAAUAAUACGGAUUGGGAACCCAUACAUACAUAAUGUCUCCUCGUUGCAUUUAGUGUUGCUUGUGAAAUAACCAGGGCUCCGCUAGUGUUGGGAUUCCUGGAACAUUGGCUUCUUUUUCCGGGGAGAUAAAACAUCUUAUUUUAGGGAACAAUAUGAUUCCCUAGUGUUCAUGCGUGACCAAGUGUACCGUGCCUAAGCACACCUCUUCCAACCGUACCGUACCAGGGAAGUGUAGCGUACUCAAGCACAGUACACUUACACUCACACUAGACACAUAAUCCAGACUUUAGGAGCUGCAGCUGUUUAAUGUCAGGAGACCGUUACAGUAGUCGAGUCUCCUGGAGAUGAAAGCAUGAAUCAGCUUCUCCUGGUCUGAGACAUAAAACCUUCACUCUGAUAGAAGCUGUUUGGUGAUUUGAUGCUGAAGGUCCGAUCUGAGUCUAUCAGCACCACAAGGUUUCAAACCUGGUCUUUAGUUCUUAGAGAGAGUGACUCCAGAUGUUUACUGACAGUAAUCCUCUUCUCUUUACUGCCAAAAACAAUGACCUCAGUUCUGUUCUGAUUUAAUUGAAGGAAAUGUUGGUUCUUAAGAAACUUCCAUUGGAAAUAUUUGAAGAAUAUAUAAGAAACUGUCCACAACAACCAUGGACCAUCUGAGAUUGGCGUGGCAGGAGGACUUGGGUUGGGAGAUUACAGAGGUGCAAUGGCAGAUGGUUCUCGCACAGACUCAUAAUUCUUCAGUCUGCAUCUUCUACAAUUUAAGAUAACUCACCGUCUACAUUGGUCGAAACAAAAACUUAAUAACAUUUUCCCAGAAAUAGAUCCUUCAUGUGAAUGUUGUGGGCAUGGCCCAGCAUCAUUAUAUUUCAGGUCUUGGCAAAAGUUAGGAAAUGAGAUUCUCACAGGUAGCUGGGAUGAAUCUGAUUGGCUUUAAUCGAGGGUUGAUGUCAGAUCCAUUCAUUAAAAGUUUCUUUAAAACUCAGUAAAACAUAAACGUUACUUAGCUUCCUUCAUUAAAUUCAUCAUUCACCAUCUUUCAUUCAUGCCGUUAUAUUGAAUAACAAUCUGUUGAAUUCAUAUUGUAAUGCAAGUUCAGCAUCACAUUUAUUUGUAUUUUCUUGGUUAAUAAAAUCCUUAAAUGAACUUAA